AAAAAGAGAGAGAGAGACCGUCACCGCCAACCAUUAGCUUGCAAGAGGAAAUAAUAGAAAAGAAGAUUUACGGUGCCACAAAUGUUGUUACUUUGGGCUUCGGAGAAGCCGACCACAAAAUCCACACUCCUUCCCCCAUCGUAGGGCUCUCUCUCGCUUUCUUUUGUGGGGUCUUCGAAGACCGUUCACUCGUUCCAUUUCUCUCGUUGUGGCUUUUGAUGCAGUCUUUUUUUUUUCCCUAGAUCUGCCUGUUUUGUUGGCGUUGAGAAGGAGAGAGAGAGAGAGAGAGAGAGAGAGAGGAACGAGGCUUCCGCGAAUGCUUAUAUGUCUUAGAUCUUCCUGUGAUCACGUCAUCUCUCUCCGUCCUUCUUCCUUAUUCUUCCCAACCAAAUCCUUUGUCGUGCUUCCGGUUCCUCUCUUACAAUCUUUGUUCUUGGCCUGUUUUUUGACUGCCAUACUCCUCGGAUCAAGCCUACCUAGACGAAGGGAAGAGAGGUGGGGAGGACGCAAGAGCGGAGGGUGGGGUUCAGGAGGCCUUUGCGUGUGUUCCGUCGAGUCUUUGAUUCAUUGGAUUGGGUUCGGUUGAUCCCCGAGCACCCUAAGGAGUUAGGGAAGAAAAAGAAAAGGAAGAAGUGCGUUCCUUCAUAUCAGAGAGAGAGGGGGCGGUGAAAUUCAAUUGUGGCGCUUCUUUGGGAGGCAGGGCAUUCAUAUGGGAAUGCCCUGAAUCAUGAAAAAUUCAACCGACGAGGAGGAGGAGGAGCAGUUCUUUGAGUCAUUUGAUCGGAUCCCUUCAACUUCUGGAUCGGAGACAGACGAAGACGACCACCACCAACGUAACCAGCAACGACGCCACCAACGAGCGCAGUCGCCACCGAUUGAUCCCAAUCCGAUUGCCACCAUGGCGGUCUCCAAUUAUCAGGUGUGGAUUUCGGAGCCGGAAUCCAUCAAGGAGCGCCGGCAGCGCCUCCUGCAGCAGAUGGGCCUGGGCAACGACAAGGGCCUCCUCAGGGGGACAGCCGGCAGCUUCCGAGGCAGAGAAUCCGUCUCAUCCCUACCUCACUCUUCCUCUUCCUCUUCUUCCUCCUCCUGCGAUGAAUCGUCCGAUCGUCCCUCCCUCGGCCAGCAAUGCUCCACCAGCGGUGACGCCAAUUCGGCUCAACUGCAGGCGAGCUUUGCCAGAUCCGCCCCCUGCGAAGAGUUCCCCGGGCAAGGAGAGUCCGACGACCUUCCUGCUUCCUCCAGCAGCAUUCGUAGAUCCAGUUCAGACGGUACUGCCAUUGCUGCCGAUCACACCCCAGAACGUCAUCUCAAUAAUGCCACUGCUACGGAUAACAACCACCUCGGUGGACUACCGCCUGUUCCAUUUGCCUCCUCGGAACAUUCCCACGACAGGCAAUUGAAAGGAGACGUCCUUCUUGAUGACCGUCCAUCGUGUUCUGGUCAUCCCAGGAAAAGCACGGAGGGACCGGUCAACGAGCACCAUCGCCCGCCACGAGAUGAAUCUAUCAGCGGUAGGGUGGAGGAGUUGUCUUCCUUGGAAUACGAGGACGACGAAGCGAUCAAGGACCAAUUCUGUAAGAUCAAGAACCUUGACAACGGGAAGGAAUUCAUUGUGAACGAGUUCGGGGUGGACGGCAUGUGGAACAAGCUCAAGGAGGUGGAAACUGGUAGACAGAUGACAAUUGAGGAGUUUGAAAUGACGGUUGGCCAUUCUCCCAUCGUCCAGGAGCUGAUGAGGCGCGAAUGUGAAUCAUCAGGUAAGAAAGAAGAUACUGAGUUUGCCAAUGGUAAGGUCGGGUUGAAGGUGAAGAAGAAGGGUGGAUGGCUGAGGAGCAUAAAGGUUGUUGCAAACACUGUGACUGGCCACAAGGAGAGGAGAAGUAGUGAUGAGAAAGAUACAUCAUCCGAGAAAGGAGGCAGGAGGUCAAGUUCUGCCACGGAUGAUAGCCAGGACGUUGGGUUCUUCUCCCCUGAGAGGACCAAGGUUAGGCAGUAUGGCAAGUCUUGCAAGGAACUCACUGCACUAUACAUGAGUCAAGAGAUACAGGCGCAUACUGGCUCUAUAUGGAGCAUCAAAUUCAGCCUGGAUGGGAAGUAUCUAGCUAGUGCAGGCGAGGAUUGUGUCAUUCACGUUUGGCAGGUGAUGGAAUCUGAGAAAAAGGGCGAGAUUCUGAUAGAGAAGGCUGAAGAAAACAGCCUACAUCCUAGUUGUUCGGCGAACGGUUCACCUGAACCAUCAUUGCUGCCACCAAGUACGGAAAAUAAUCUAGAAAAGAAGAGGAGAGGCAAGGCAACUGGAAAUAAGAAAAACUCAGAUCACAUCGUGCUGCCUGAGAACAUAUUUUUGCUCUCUGAAAAGCCAGUCUGCUCUUUCCAUGGUCAUCUGGAAGAUGUCCUGGAUUUAUCAUGGUCCAAGUCCCAGUAUUUGCUAUCAUCCUCAAUGGAUAAAACAGUCAGAUUGUGGCAUAUGUCUAGCAAUUCUUGUCUAAAAAUGUUCUCGCAUAGUGAUUAUGUGACAUGCAUCCAGUUCAAUCCUAUUGAUGACAGAUAUUUUAUUAGUGGAUCCUUAGAUGCAAAGGUCCGCCUAUGGAGUAUACCUGAUCGUCAGGUUGUCGAUUGGAGUGAUCUACAUGAAAUGGUGACUGCUGCUUGCUAUACCCCUGAUGGUCAGGGUGCAUUGGUGGGUUCUCACAAGGGAAGCUGCAGGAUAUUCAAAACUUCAGGAAACAAGCUGCAGCAAGAAAAGCAAAUAGACGUCCUAAGUAAGAAGAAAAAAUCCCAUGGAAAAAAAAUUACAGGUUUCCAGUUUGCCCCUGGGAGUUCAUCAGAUGUAUUGAUCACAUCUGCAGAUUCACGGAUCAGGAUCUUUGAUGGGGUUGAUCUUGUCCACAAGUUCAAAGGUUUUCGCAACACAAGCAGUCAGAUAGCAGCAUCAUUUACAGCAAAUGGCAAGUAUGUGAUUUGUGCAAGUGAAGACUCGCAGGUUUACUUGUGGAAGCAUGAUCUUGAUUCCGGUGGUCCUACAGCAUCAAGCAGAAACAAGAGCAUUACCCGCUCUUAUGAGCACUUCUUUUGUCGAGAUGUUUCUGUGGCGAUCCCUUGGCCUGACAACAAGCUAAAUGGCCAAGCUGCUAAUGAGCCAACCAAGAAUUUAUCACUAGAAAAUGUGCAACCACCGCUCUCUUCUAGGUCAAGAGGUUCAUCCUUUCCCCUACUACACAUACCCCCCAGGCUCCCUGCUUUUCUAGGUAGUGGUGGUGGCCUCAGGUCACCCAUGCAAAGCAAUGAGCAAGAGGUACCAGUUAUCAGGAAUCGAACCGAAGCUUCCAACAACAGCUUGCUUCCAUCUCCACGCAGUCCAGUUCCAGCCAGUAAUAUGUUCAGUGACAGUAGAGGAGGCACAGCAACAUGGCCGGAGGAGAAGCUCACGAUGUAUGAUAAGCAUGGGAGUCCAGCACGAAAUUCAAGAACAUGGGAAGGAAACAACGAUGGUAAGCAGGUGAUUGGCAAGUCCACUGCAGCAGCCUGGGGUAUGGUGAUUGUGACCGCAGGAUUGGGUGGGGAAAUCAGAGCUUUCCAGAAUUUUGGUCUUCCACUUAGGAUUUAAAGGGUGCUUCGCUACUUUCUUUUAGUUUGUGGAAAUGUACAGGCUGACCAUCAUUAAAUUCAUUUUGAAGAUAGCAGUUUUCUGGAGUUUACCUGCAGGCCUUCUCAAAUGUUGGGGAGGAGGCUGGUCUUGUGCUCUGUGAUUGUUGUCAAUCAAUUGUCCCCAUCCCUAUGGGAUAUCUGUGCGGCUUGUUACGUGUAUGCUACAUAAGCAACAGCACUAUUGUAUAGUGUUUACAGUCCAAGUGUAUAAUAAUGAUAUAAAUGGACAAGUUUUGCAUGAUUUUA